AUGGGUAAUCGUAAGGCACCUGGAGAUGAUCAUAUUGUAAAGGAGAUGCUCAUGCCUAUAUGGUAUCCUCUUUGUAAUUUCCUCUCUGAGUUCUUUACUUUGUGCUAUACAUUUGCCUGGACACCUACCUCUUUUCGAUCUGGUCUUAUUGUCCCUAUCUUCAAGAAGGGUGAUCCCAACUCAGCUGCAAACUAUAGGCCCAUCAGCCUCACCAACACUUUCAGAAAGCUCUAUGAACGAUGUCUCAAAUUUUGUCUUUUGACCCACAUGCCGUCUCUUGAUGUUGCUCAAGGUGGCUUUCGAGCCGCUCGCAGUGGAAUCAGUCAAGCAUGGAAUCUCUUGGCUUUACAAAAGCAAUUUGAGCAGCAAUACGGUGUCUCACCAGCACUCAUCUUUAUGGAUAUCAGCAAAGCAUAUGACAGUGUCACUCGAUCCAAGAUCUGGCAACUACUUCAUCCUCAUCUACCAAAGGCUCUGUUUUACACCCUGCGGCAUCUUUUUGAUCAUGUCACUCUCAAUGUAGUCAUUAACAAUGCUACAUCACUGCCAAUCCAUCCAAAGCGUGGUUUGCUCCAAGGCUCCAUCUUGUCUCCAUUUUUGUAUGCCAUCUUUAUCAAUCAACUGCCUGCUCUGUUGCGUACUGCGCCUGUACGUUUUCCACUCUAUGUGGAUAUCGCUACUCGUGCUCGUACUGAUGGUGAUGGUCCUUCAGCGGACAUUACUGAACCUAGUUUUGCUCUUGUGAAAUACGGUGCAGGUCCACGCUUGUCUGAAACUGCCAGCAGCUGCUCUCCUCGUCUUGGUGUUGUUCGUCAAAAAACAGCUAUCCACUCUCUCUUGUAUGCUGAUGAUGUCUGUCUUAUUGCCCAUCGUCGUGAUAUGCCGUUACUGGUUCAACUGUGUGAGGAGUACUCGUUGCGAUUUGAUUUCAAGUGGAGUCCAACCAAGUGUGCUCUUGUCAACUAUCACUCUAGGCGUAGGCCUAUUCAAUUGUAUGGUAUCAAUGUCCCUAUUGUUCCUAGCUAUGAGUAUCUCGGCGUGCCCUUCAAUGCCUCUGGUAUUGAUAACAUUGCGUUCCUCAAUGUUAGCACAAAGAAGGCCAAGUCUACCAUGGCUCUCUUUCGUCGUCUUGGUGUCCAUCAGUAUGGCUUUGGUCUCAUGUUGGCACUUCAAGUGUAUCGGGUGUUUGUACGCCCCAUCAUGGAAUAUGCUCUUGCUCUUCUUGGUCUGAAUGCUACUUCUGCUAUGGCUAUUGAUCGCACUCAAGCUAGCUGUCUGAAAAUGACUCUCAAUCAAUCUGAACGGCACAACGCCCCGUCCAUGGUUCUCAAUAUGAUGGGCAAUCUGCCUACCAUGUAUACUCGUGCCCAGAUCUUGACUUUCAAGUUUUGGUAUUCGCUUCAGUUGAAAGCUCGUCCUUUUACUUUGGUGGAAUGCAUCCUGUAUACGCAUCAGCGUCUUAAAAUUGCUCCUGCUCUGUGGCGUCGUCUUAGCUCCAACAAGAUCUGGAAGUUGUACAAAUCGUCCCCCACUCACACCACUCCCCGUCUCAUCUGUGAAGAGUUUCAAGAUGCUCAAAUGUUGAGAUGGACUAGUCAAAAAUCAUCGUGUUUGCGUGCUCUGCGUGAAGACACAACUGGAUAUGACCCUCUCUUGUUUUAUCCGUGUACUCGGUUGGAGCGAUUGCGUCUGAUUCGAUGGCGUUUUCAUCAUCUCCCAAGUUUCCCUCUCUCAGCUUGUCGUUGUGGCGCACCUAGUGCAAAUAGAUUUCAUUAUCUAGCCGCCUGUCCUCUGGUUCAAGACAUUGUCAACCGCAUCCAUCUCAAUCUGCCUGAUGACUCCAUUCCUUUGGAUGAAUCCUAUGAUGACCAAGGUAUCGCUACCACUCAUAUUCUGGAUCGUAUUCUGAAUUCGCUACCUUCUAAUCUGUCUUUCUGUCUGGGCACACACUGGGAGAGAAUUUGGCCUCUUGUUCUUGAGCUGAUUACUCAAAUUGACAUUGCAAACCAUCCUGCUGGAUCUUUUGCUGAGGAACCUCCUUCUGGAGAGCUUUUUGAACAUUAUUUGACUCAACAACAUCACUUUCAACAACAGCAGCAACAGCAACGACAGCAACAGCAGCAACAACUCAUUCAACAUCUAUAA